AUGCCGGCGGUAGGGGAGCGCCGGGGCAGGGUAGGUCCAAUACGCUUCCGUACAUUUCUGCGCAAUACAGUGCUUGACGUGAUGCGCAGUCGUGGUUGGCUGGAGACGGAUAGUGAACUUGCCUGGGACCUCUUUUGGGCUGACGUGUGCUGGAUCCGUGAAGCGUAUGACCAUGUGCGUUUGGACGAUGCACAGCGGAUUAAUCACUUUCGUAAUCACUUUGAACUAACGCGAAAGGAUCUCAUGGUGAAGAAUUUGAAGCGGAUGCGCAAGACCUUGGAGCGUGAGGGCCGGUCGGAGGAGGCAACGGAGUUCGAUUUCUUUCCCACAACUUUUUCUCUUCCACAGGACUACGGACUUUUUGAGAUGGAAUUCCGGCGUCAGCCCAAUGCGGUUUGGAUUAUGAAGCCCCCCGCGAAGGCACAGGGAAAAGGCAUAUUCCUUUUCUCAAAAAUAUCUCAGAUAUCAGAGUGGCGCAGGGAAUACAAGGCCCGACAGGGCGGCCUUAACGGUGAAAAGUGUGGCUCCACGUACGGCACAGAGCAAGUGGAACCGUACCUAGCACAGCGUUAUAUUGAGAACCCUCAUUUGGUCGGUGGAAAGAAGUAUGACCUGCGUGUGUACGUUCUCGUAACCUCCUACUCGCCUCUGACAGUGUGGUUGCAUCGCACGGGUUUUGCUCGCUUCUGCCACCAGCGGUUUUCCCUCAAAGAUAUUGAUAACACAUUUAUUCACGUAACAAAUGUUGCCGUGCAGAAAACGAACCCGAAAUAUACACCCUCCUCUGGGUGCAAGUAUGGGCUUCGAAACCUGAGGCAGUACAUUACAGCGUCGUGUGGGGUCCAGGUGGCGCAGAAGCUUUUUGACGACAUACAGAAUAUGAUUCUCCGUUCCUUGAAUGCUGUGCAGAGGGUAAUUGUCCAGGACAAACACUGCUUUGAACUUUACGGUUACGAUAUCAUGAUUGACAGUGAUUUGCAUCCGUGGCUUAUAGAAACGAAUGCUUCGCCAUCACUCUCAGCCGAAACGCCUGCCGACUACCACCUGAAGUUUAACCUGCUUGAGGAUAUGUUCAAUGUUGUUGACCUCGAGAAACGGAGAACGGGCGACGAGGUGCGUGUCGGUGGGUUUGAUAUGAUUUGGCGGAACGGCCCCAUGGGGUCUUCGGCAGGCAGUGACGGGAAAGGGUGUUCGACGGCCCAUUCGUUUCUCGGUUGCGCCAACGAGUAUGAAAUACCCAUCACCCAUAUGCGGAUGCCUCCGCGGCUGCAGCAGAUGGAUAGCAGUGAGCGCCUUCUGACGUAG